ACUGAAGCGAAGCUCCGCAUCUCCGACGCCAACCACCCCUCCCACUCAUCUAACGUCGUUAAUACCGGAUGGCUAUCCAUCUAAAUCGUUCACUCUUCGCCGUUAUCUCCCUAACGCUAUUCCUCCUCUCCCUGCCUUCCCCGUCUCACGCCGUCCCGACGGAGUUCCUCUCCGUCCCCUCCUCCGUCUUCUCCACAGCCGUUAAAACGGCGAUUGACCAGGUCGGCCAGACGCUCUCCCUCCUCUCGCAGUUCGCCAGCAACUUCGGUGACUCCCGCCUCUCCCACGCCGUCGACGAUUGCGUCGACCUCCUCGACUUCUCCAACGACGAGCUGACUUGGACCCUCUCGGACGCCGAUGGCGGAUCUAACGGCAAGGGUAACGGCACUGGCAACAGCGCCGCCGAUCUAAAGACCUGGCUCAGCGCCGCGCUCGGGAACCAGGACACGUGUCUCGAUGGCUUCGACGGCACUGACGGCAACGUCAAGUCCCUCGUCGCCGGCAGCCUCCAGACGUUGACGGGCACGGUCUCCGAACUGCUGGGGAUGGUCCGGCAGGGGCCUUCCAGAGGCUCUUCCGGUGGGCCCCCUCCGUGGAUCAAGCCCGGCGAGAGGCGACUGCUACAGGCUCCGUUAAGCGGGGUGACCCCGGACGUGACGGUGGCUGCUGACGGGAGUGGGGAUUUCACGUCCGUUAAGGAUGCCGUUAUUGCGGCGCCAGAUUAUAACAUGCGCCGGUAUGUGAUAUAUAUCAAGAGAGGGGUGUAUAGGGAGAAUGUGGAGAUUAAGAAGAAGAAGUGGAAUCUAAUGAUGGUUGGAGAUGGUAUGGGCAUUACCGUAAUUUCCUCUAACCGGAAUUUCGUCGAUGGUUGGACGACGUUCCGGUCCGCCACUUUCGCUGUUUCUGGCCGUGGAUUCAUAGCCCGAGAUAUGACAUUCGAGAACACGGCCGGCCCAGAGAAGCACCAGGCGGUCGCACUCCGCUCCGACUCAGACCUCUCUGCUUUCUAUCGGUGCGGCAUCCAUGGAUACCAAGACACUCUCUACGCUCACUCCCUCCGCCAAUUCUACCGUGAAUGCUCUAUCACCGGCACCGUCGAUUUCAUCUUUGGGAACGGAGCCGUCGUCUUUCAGAACUGCCUGAUCAGGGCCCGCAAGCCGCUACCGAACCAAAAGAACACCAUAACAGCUCAAGGCCGGAAAGACCCAAAUCAGAAUACAGGCUUUUCAAUCCAAUACUGCAAUGUUAGCGCAGAUGCCGAUCUCCUAACGUCGCAGAAUUCGACUCUGACAUACCUCGGUCGGCCAUGGAAGGAGUAUUCACGUACCGUUUUCAUGCAAUCUUAUUUUGGUGGUGUGAUAAGGCCUGAAGGGUGGUUAGAGUGGAAUGGGGACUUUGCAUUGAAUACCCUCUACUAUGGUGAGUAUAUGAAUUUUGGGCCUGGGUCGAGUCUGGGCAGCCGAGUCAAGUGGCCUGGUUUUCAUCAGAUGAACGAGUCGACUCAGGCGAGCAAUUAUACAGUCUCACAGUUCAUUGAUGGGAAUCUCUGGUUGCCGGCGACGGGUGUCAGAUACACUUCGGGUCUGAUGGUAUAGGUGUGUAAGAUUCGGGCAGGGUUGUGAGAGAGUAGUUAUAUGUAAAUCAUGGUUUUAAGACUCAUCUGAGUUGGGUGUGACUCGAACUCGGUGGGACCUGAUUGAGUUCGACAGCUGAGUCACACCUAACUCGAGAAAGUUGCGAGUUGACUCAAGGAUGAGCGAGUCGAUCCGAGUUGCUGAGUAUUUAAACCAUGAUGCAAAUACAUGAGCUGAUGGCAUGCAUGUGAGUUUGGUUGUAUCUUACAUUUUUAUUUUUUGUUUU